AUUGACCUUGACCCCGCCAACCAUACUCUGACGGUAUCGGGACAAGACAGUCAUAAGACAAAAGUCCGACUGAUAAACCGUCCCCGAUUACAAUGUUUGCAUCGAGACAGUUUGUCCGUUUAUUUUCUACCUCUCAGAACUCUUGUGUGUGUGCAUGUGCAUAGUACAUCGAAAUUUGAAUUUCUCAGUCUUGGUACGACAGAAUGAAGGUUGCCGUGAUUGGUCAAAGUCUGUUCGGAGCGGAGGUCUACCGACUGUUACAGAAAGACGGGCACCACAUCGUGGGGGUCUUCACAGUCCCAGACGUCAAUGGAAAGCCCGACCCCCUGGCUCUGGCAGCAGCCAAGGACAACAUCCCAGUGUUUAAGUAUAAAAGAUGGCAGAUGAAGAAAGUGGCCAUUCCAGAAGUAUUGGAGGAGUACAAAUCUGUGGGGGCAGAGCUCAACGUCCUCCCGUUCUGUUCUCAGUUCAUCCCCAUGGACGUCAUCAACUUCCCAAAGUACCAGUCCAUCAUCUACCACCCCUCCCUCCUACCCCGCCACAGGGGAGCUUCUGCCAUUAAUUGGACUUUGAUGCAAGGUGACAAAUCGGGCGGUUUCUCCGUUUUCUGGGCUGAUGAUGGGCUGGACACUGGACCUAUUCUUCUACAGAAGAAAUGUUUUGUUGCCCCCGACGACACUGUGGACACAAUCUACAACCGCUUCUUGUUUCCAGAGGGGGUCAAGGCCAUGGGUGAGGCAGUUCAGAUGAUUCAUCAAGGGAGAGCACCCAGAAUUACACAGCCUGAAGAGGGCGCCACUUAUGACCCGUUAUUGAAAAAAGCCAAUGUCAAGGUUGACCUUAACCAAUCGGCAGAAUCCAUUCACAACUUUAUCAGGGGCUGUGAUAAAGUGCCAGGGGCAUGGGUUGAGAUUAAUGGAGAGAAAGUGACUUUGUUUGGAUCUCGACUCUGGAACAGAAUGGAGCCAAGGGGAACAAAGGUGGAAUUAGCCGGGGCUAGCAAGCCAGCCAUCGUACACAAGUAUGGAAUGAUUAUCUUUGGCAACGAUGGGAAAAUGGUGAAUGUGAGUCAGCUACAGUUUGAGAACGGGAAGAUGAUCCAGGCGUCCAAGUUUGGGAAGGAGGACACGUCCCAGACCAAGCUGGAACUGACCCCAGAGGAGGAAACCAUGAUCAAAAAUAUCAAGGUUGUGUGGGGUGGUAUACUAAACAUAGAGGUAGAUGAAAGCACAGAUUUCUUCAAAUCUGGGGCAGGAUCCAUGGAUGUUGUCAGGUUGGUUGAAGAGGUCAAGGAGAAGUGUAAUGGGGUCAGUCUGCAGAAUGAGGAUGUGUACAUGAAUGCAGGGUUUGAGGACUUUGCCAGUUGUUUCAUUAGAAGGUUCCGAGGAAUCGAGGACAAGGAACCGUUCACAUAUGAUGCUGUCCAAAUGAGAGUAAACAACAUGGACUUGUCCUUCCCGCAUCAGUGCUUCAUCGACAAUGAGUUUGUGGACUCCUCGGACGGAAGGACGUUUGAAACCAUUAAUCCCAGCGACGAAAGUGUGAUCUGUAAAGUGUCCAGGGGGACCCCAGAGGAUGUCGACCGAGCUGUGGAGGCCGCUAAGGUGGCUUUCUAUGAGGGAGAAUGGGGCAGGAUGAAUGCCCGGGAUAGAGGGACUCUGAUGUUCAGACUAGCUGACCUUAUGGAUGAACACAGGGAGGAGUUAGCUACCCUGGAGAGCAUUGACUCCGGGGCUGUUUAUACCCUCGCCCUGAAGACACAUGUGGGCAUGUCCAUCGACACCUUUAGAUACUUUGCUGGCUGGUGUGAUAAAAUCCAGGGUUUGACUAUUCCAAUCAACCAUGCACGACCCAGCAAGAACUUGACCUACACUAAGAGGGAGCCUAUUGGUGUAUGUGCCAUAGUGGUACCAUGGAACUAUCCACUGAUGAUGUUGGCCUGGAAGAUGGCCGCUUGCCUAGCCGCGGGGAACACUGUAGUAUUAAAACCGGCUCAGGUGACACCUCUGACAGCCCUCAAGUUUGCAGAACUGGUUGUCAAGGCUGGAUUUCCUCCAGGUGUCAUCAACAUCCUACCUGGUCCAGGUUCCUCCAUUGGACAAGCCAUGUCUGAGCAUCCAGACAUUAGAAAGCUAGGAUUCACUGGUUCCACUCCUAUUGGAAAAACUAUCAUGGAAAGUUGUGCCAAAGUUAAUUUGAAGAAAGUCUCCCUGGAGCUGGGAGGGAAAUCCCCUCUGAUUAUUUUCAGUGAUUGUGAUAUGGACAAAGCUGUUAGAAUGGGAAUGAGUUCAGUCUUCUUCAACAAGGGAGAGAACUGUAUUGCAGCUGGAAGAUUGUUUGUGGAGGAAUCUAUCCAUGAUGAAUAUGUUGAGCGUAUUAUUGCAGAGAUCAAGAAGAUGAAGAUUGGUGACCCCCUGGAUCGCUCCACCGACCACGGACCGCAGAACCACCGGGCCCACAUGGAGAAGUUGCUGGAGUACUGUGAGCAGGGGGUCAAAGAGGGGGCCAAGCUGGUGUACGGAGGAAAGCAGGUCAACAGGAAAGGACUUUUCAUGGAGCCCACUCUAUUUACUGAUGUGGAGGAUCACAUGUUCAUUGCUCAGGAAGAGUCCUUUGGUCCAGUAAUGAUCAUCUCCAAAUUCCAGAAUGGGGACAUUGAUGGCGUGUUGAAGAGUGCCAAUGGUACAGAGUAUGGCCUGGCAUCUGGCGUCUUCACCACCGACAUCAACAAAGCCAUGUAUGUAGCCGACAACCUGGAUGCUGGAACCGUCUUUGUCAACACAUACAACAAAACAGAUGUGGCUUCUCCAUUCGGAGGUUUCAAGCAGUCUGGAUUUGGAAAAGAUCUCGGCAUGGAGGCCCUGCUGGAAUACCUGAAGACAAAAGCAGUGACAGUGGAGUAUGGACAGGGGAGCUGAGCAUUACAGCUAAAGAGAACAAUGGAAACAAGUGCACUUCUGGAUAAAAACAGUGUUUCCCUAAAAUCUUCCAGAAAAGUGGACGAAAGACUCCACCAAAAAGAUUUUUCAUGUUUUAUUUCAUGUGUUUCAAAAUGACCGUGCCAACCAAGCAAGCAAACUGUACAUUUUUAAAAAUAUUUUUGAUAGAAUAUCAAAAUAUAAAAUUAGAAUAUCAAUAAUAUCAAUAAAUGAUCAUGACAUAAAUUUCAUAAUGUAUUUUAAGAAUCAUGUGUUGUGAUUGUAUUAUUAGUAUUUUUUUCUGAAUAAUUUACAAUUAUUUUAAGAUGGUUUUCUUUGUUACACUAUUUUAUUUUACUUAAAUUAACAAUGAUGCUACAGCUUUAUUCACGCUUUUAAUUUUUAGUUUUUGAAUUUUACCUUUUUUCAAAGAUGAGAUUUUUUUUUUUUAAGAAUUUGCCAGGUGAGUGGAAUUUGCAGAGUCAGCAUUUACUUUCAGUCCUUUGAUUUUCUUCAUUUGCUUCAAGUCAUAGAUCAGGAUUCAGACCAAUUCACUUGUUCAAUCUGUUUAUUUUUUAAGCAGAAAAAUGAAUGAUUUUGAUGAGUAAACUCAUGGAAUUUUUUUUCCUCAAAUUUAUGCUUUUGGGUUUUAAUGGUUUCUUAAGCAAGUUCAUAUCUUCAUACAUUUGUAAACAAUAAUUUUCUAGUUUAUUCAUCAUUUGGUGGUGAUUUUGUUUUUCUCAUUUUUACAACAAACAAAGAAAAAUAGUUUUAGUUUUCUCUUUUUUAAAAGUGCCAUAUCAUAAUUUAAUUUUAAUUUUUUAAAUUUAUUUUGUCAACCCUUUACAGAAAAAUAUAUGAUAUCCUCUGAAAUUUUUUUUUUAAGAAUUAGUUGAACAUGUAUAAUUAUUGCUAAAAAUUAUGAUUUACUGAAAAAAAAUUAUGAUUUUAUGACCAUUUAAACUUUUUGAAAUACAUGUAGCUGUUUGUGCAAAGAAUCUCACAAAUCAUAUAUGUUACCCUUGAGUAUUGUUUUUUGUUACCAGGAUUUGUUAAAAUGAAAACUGGCAUUUGCAGUAUUUCUAGUACAUGUAUUUACCCAAUUUUUUUUUUAUUCAUGUACAUACAUGUAUGUACAUGUCAUGGUUUAUGUAAAUAUACAUGUAUAAGCACAGAUUUGCAAUUUGGUUUUCAUUUCUUGGGUGUAAGAUUAAUUGAAAAAGUUGGUGUUGAUGUAAACUUCUGUGUGCAAGGCAUAUGAAAUUCAUUAAACAAGUUUUGAAGUUUGA